AGCUACAUCCCUAAGCCUACAUUGCCUUUACCUAUUCAUGGAUGUACUUGCAUCUCCCUAGUAAAACUGUACUAGCUUGGGGCUGGGGAGAUGGCUCAGCAGUUGGGAACACUGGCUGCUCUUCUAGAGGCCCCAAGUUCAAUUCCCCGCACCCAACACCCACAUGGCAGCUCACAAUUGUAACUCCAGUUCCAGCAGAUCUGAAUGCAGGUGCGGCACACAGACAUACACCAAAUACCCACAAACAUUAACAAAGAAAACAAAGGGCACCCACACCUGUGCAGAAGCACGGAUUAUGUGCCUCUGUUAGUAAUUUCUCAUUCAGUAACUUCAGUUCUUAAAACUGGCUAUGGUUGAAUGCAUAGGCCACGGAAAGUGGCAAAUGGCAUGAAUCUCGUGGUAAGCUGGUUUAGCGGCGUGCAAAUGAUGCUUCCUCAAAGAGAGGUGGUGAGGUAGAAGGAGACGCUUCCUACCUUGACCUCCAGACGUACACUGGGAGAAAUAAAGAUGAAGGCAGAUAUGACUGAGUCUCUUUGCAUGAAUCAACAUAGAGGCUGUAACAAUCACUGAGAGCACAAAAGUGCUUGGGUCUAAAAUAAAUUCUGCAGGUGGGCACCUAGGCUAGCUUUGCAUGAGAAAAUGAGGCCAUACUAUGCAAAUGUGAGGUGAGGUCAAAUAGGGCAGGAAGACCAAUUCUACAUUCAUGGCUUCCUUCUCUAGCGCGCGUUUGUUUGGCAGCCUGGGAAAACAGCCUCUCCACACAGAGGAUUUUGAAGGUUUGUAUUUGGCCCUUGAUGAAAAGUUCUAAGAAAAACAAGAGAAAGCCACAGAAAAAGCCACCCUUUGGAUCCCAGAGAGAGAAGACCACAGUGAGCCAGGACUCUGCUUAAGUCAAGUCUGAAAUUGUGCUGUACGGAGUAUGGAAACUGUGAGUUCUGCUGUAACUGUCUGACGGGGACUUUGGAGCUUCAUCUUACAUAAUUUGGUUUUCAAAAAGAUAGCUUUCUGGUAAAAUCGUUUUCGUUUUCUCUCUUAGUAACUUUCUCAAGUAUUUCUGCAGCUUCCCGAGCGGGCCUGUGGCCCCUGGCUGCUCUCAGUGUCCCCUCUGGACUGAGCAGGUUGCCCAGCCACAGGCACUCUCUUCUCCCCCUCAGCUGAGUGGAAACCGACAAUCCUGCAGUUUGGGAGCCAAACUGGAACUCCUUCCAUCUGUAUCCAGACAUUUAAGAAUUUGGACGGACUCCACAGGAAGGUUUUGCAGAGCACUUAAUCAAGCACUCCGGAGGUUACAUUUCAGGAAAGCUCUCUUGGAUCCAAGAUAAAGGCGGGGUGGAAAAAGCGAAAACAAGAGCUGCCUGAGUCAGAGGUCCUUUGGAAUCCUCCUCACUCAAGACUGCGCCUCUCCCAGCUGAGACAGCUUGGUGCCAUGGCUCUGGAGCAGAACCAGUCAAUGGAAUACUACUAUGAGGAAAACAUAAUGAAUGAUACUUAUGACUACAGCCAGUAUGAAUCGGUCUGCAUCAAAGAAGAGGUCAGGCAGUUUGCAAAAGUCUUCCUCCCUGCCUUCUUCACGAUAGCCUUUAUUAUUGGACUGGCAGGAAAUUCCAUAGUUGUGGCAAUUUAUGCCUAUUACAAGAAACAGAGGACCAAGACAGAUGUGUACAUCCUGAAUCUGGCUGUGGCAGACUUACUGCUUCUGGUCACGCUGCCUUUCUGGGCAGUUAAUGCAGUUCAUGGGUGGAUUCUAGGGAAAAUAAUGUGCAAAGUAACUUCGGCCCUGUACACAGUAAACUUUGUCUCUGGGAUGCAGUUCCUGGCCUGUAUCAGCAUUGAUAGAUACUGGGCAAUCACUAAGGCCCCCAGCCAAUCAGGUGCGGGGAGACCCUGCUGGAUCAUCUGUUGCUGUGUGUGGAUGGCUGCUAUCUUGCUGAGCAUACCCCAGCUGGUUUUUUAUACUGUGAAUCAGAAUGCCAAGUGCACUCCCAUCUUUCCCCACCACCUAGGAACAUCCCUGAAAGCAUCCAUUCAGAUGCUGGAAAUCUGCAUCGGCUUUGUGGUUCCCUUCCUUAUCAUGGGGGUGUGCUAUGCCAUCACUGCCAGGACACUCAUCAAGAUGCCGAACAUUAAAAAGUCUCGCCCCCUCAAGGUUCUGCUCACAGUGGUAGUAGUUUUCAUUGUCACCCAGCUGCCAUACAACAUUGUCAAGUUCUGCCAAGCCAUCGAUGCCAUCUACUUGCUGAUCACCAACUGCGACAUGAGCAAGCGCAUGGAUGUUGCCAUCCAGGUCACAGAGAGCAUCGCACUCUUCCACAGCUGCCUCAACCCCGUCCUGUAUGUCUUCAUGGGGGCCUCUUUCAAAAACUAUAUCACGAAAGUGGCCAAGAAAUAUGGAUCAUGGAGAAGACAGAGACAGAAUGUGGAGGAGUUUCCUUUUGACUCUGAGGGUCCUACAGAGCCAACCAGUUCCUUUACCAUUUAAAUAUAAAAUGCUCUCUGCUUUUUGCUUGGACACAUACACACACACACACACACACACACACACACACACACACACACACACACACACACGAGAGAUGCUUCUUCCUCAGAUAAACUAUUUGUGUUACUCUGAGACUCAAAUGUCAAACAUUAGACUGUUGUUGCGAUGUGUAACAAAGAAGCAAGCGGUGUGGGUAUGAGGAACACAGACGCCAGAGAGUAAACAACAAACGGCAAAACGCGGAAAUUCAAGUUAAUGACAGGAAAACAGCAUGGCAGAAAGGCAUUGUGCUAUAAGCAGGAAGCCUUUGUGGUGGUGGGCUGUUUCGCAUCUUGACUGCAGCGGUGGCUACUCAAAUCUAGCUGUGCCCCACGUGACUUUGACAGCAACUGUAAUUAUGUAAUAUAAAACCUUGGCUAAUGAGCGAGCACCCGAGACCAUGCCGUGUGAUAAGUCACUGGGUAAGGAGCACCCAGGACCAUCCUGUACUAUCUUUGUAACUUCCUGUGAGUAGACAGCAACUUCAAAAUAAAAAGUUAAAAAAACCCGUCAUGCUGUGAAUCAAGUGAUCUAAAAACAAUGAAUAAACUUGUGCUAAGAAAAAUUUAUAAUUAUUUAUAAUGAUCUAAAUUUUAAUAAGAAUAUUUUUCUGCAAAAUUCCAAUGCUUAAAUAAUCACAAGAAAAUUUACUUUAUUUUUUUCUAUUUCUUAAUUUAUAAGUGAUUUUAUAAGGCAUAUGUAGUGGUAUUUGCUCCGCCCAUGACCUUGGGUUAUAGGGCCCGAAGGAGGCGGUGCUUCUUGCCUUCCUACGUGACCUCUUAAAGAUCACUAGAGUCAUAAGCAGGAAUGGCAAUUCUCCCAACCCUUAAAAAACAGGCCAAACCCAUAAACUUUCCUGAGAUGUUUACACAUUCCAGUAAGUGCCUACACAUGCAAUUUGCUUUGAUGGUAUCACCAAAGAAAACCAUCCAAAUACAUGCUGUGUUCAUUAUGCAUAUUUUGGAGGCACGCCUUAAAAAUCAUAGUUAUUUAGAGUCUAAUUUUAUAACUUUCUAAAGAACUUCCCAAGGUAUGUUGGCCUAUUACUGAGAACUGAUUAGUAUAAAGCUUAUUUUUCAUUUAAACAAGCCUAUUUUAGGCAAUAAAGCAAAUACCACAUUUAGUGUCUUGCUGACACAUGCUAAGCCUGUGUUCUACCACCACUGACCUACCCCCGAGACUUAUCAAAUUACCUUUCCUCUGGGUGCCGUUUCUAAGUCUGAUAGUGUUUCAGAGGCUGAGUUUAAAGCUGUGAUUGUGAAGCCGAGACUGGGAACUGUGCCAGUGCCCCAGCCACGGGGUACCAGAAGCACAGAGACUGGGAACUGUGGCAGUGCCCCAGCCACGGGGUACCAGAAGCACAGAGACUGGGAACUGUGGCAGUGCCCCAGCCACGGGGUACCAGAAGCACAGAGACUGGGAACUGUGGCAGUGCCCCAGCCAUGGGGUACCAGAAGCACAGAGCA